UAUUUUUCAUAACAAAUGGAACAUGUGAUUUGUAGAACAAAGAGCGAAAAAAUUUUUAACAUGCUGUUUUAUUUGUUAAUUUCAGUUUUUAUCGUGGUAUAUGCUUCUGAGAGUGAGAAACUAUUUGGCGGAAGAUAUGCGAAAGAUGGGGAGUUUCCGUUCGUCGUAUCUAUCCGUGGGAAAAGUAGCUGCGCUGGCUCUUUAGUCACCUUGUCCAAAGUAGUGACCGCAGCCCAUUGCUUGGCGCUUUUCUUAAACAUGGAAGGCAGGUCUAUAGAUGUGAACGAAUUAUAUGUCGUAGGAGGAUCUGUCGAUUUAGAGAAGUUCAAUGAAGGAAUAGACGUAAGGGCAAUAAAUAGCAUCUUAGUGACUGGUGAAUAUAAGGCUGGAACACGAUUCGGCGGAAAAAUCGACAGUCACGACAUCGGCAUGGCGGUACUGGAUUAUCCAUUCAAAUCUGGGAAAAAUUUGCAAGUUAUGAAUCUAGUUUCUUGGAAUGCCACGAUAUUCAAAAAUAGCUGGGACGAAAUCGUUGCUAAGAGGACGAUUUGCUAUGCCAUGGGCUGGGGGACGACGACAUAUCAUCCCGACAGUAUGGGAAAAGAAACGAUUCCUGCUGAACCAUCUCUCAUUUUGAAAGUAAUCCAAGUAAGGCCUUCGGAUAAUGAAUCUUGCUCUCUGUUGUUUUCACGAAAAGAUGACUUGACGAUGUACGGGGAAAUCUGCGUUUACUCAGUUAAAAAACACGAGACGAUCUGCGACGGCGAUUCCGGUGGUCCGUUGGUCUGCGAUGGUCGCCCUUACGCACUACUCAACUACGGUCCGAGAUGUGGCACUACCUUGUCUCCACAGGGUUAUCUUCUGUUUUGGUACUACAUGGACUUCUUAACACUUAGCGGCAAUCAUUUGUUCAUAUCGAAAUGGCUGAUUCUCCUCAUAUUAUUAUUAUAUAUAUUAUGCAAUUAUAUUUAAAAUUCUAACAAUAAAAAUAAUUUUUACAAUA